AUGGCAGCAUACUACGCUACUCCUUCAAGUUCCAUAAUUGCCCACACCUCUGCCUUGCAACCUUAUGGGCAAUGCUCUGAGCUGAGCGUUCCAAACCCAAACGUUAGCGUCUAUGAUUUACCAACGGACUCCGAAAAUGAAGCAGAGGUGGAUGAACUGGAGUCCGACACAGAUCCCGAAGACGAGCUCGCCGCAAGCGCCUCCGCUAACCAGAAGAAGAGCGGACGACGGCUUGGGGAACGUGUCCCCGGGACAACUCUACUCCCUCCUUCCAGAGUAGAGAACAUAGUUCAACCGGAUAGUACUAACUUUUCAGCCAGCAUUACGAUGUCGAAGGAGGCGCUGUUCAUUUUGUCGGUUGCAACAGAGGAAUUCAUAAAACGAAUGGCCCAAGCUGGCCACAGACAGGCGGCAGCAAAGCGUCGAGGGACUGUAAAUUACUCAGAUUUGGCGUGUUCCACUCAACAAUAUCAAGAGUUCAUGUUCUUGCAAGGUUUGUACGUCAUUCACACCAUACCUGAGCCGAUAUCCUUAGCAGAGGCACUUGACAGACGGGCAAUGAAGGAGAAGGAAGACUUGGAGGCCAAUCCAGCGAUGUCCACCACCCACCGACAGUCACCUCCUUUCAUAACAGUAUCUGCACCCCACUUAAAUGGGAAGCCAAAAGCCAAGCCAAGACCGUCAGUCGCUAAUGGCAGAGAAACGUCAAGUGCAAGUGCAAAUGGAAGUUCUAAGAGAGAGCAUAGACGGAAUGAAGACGGGAUGGAUGGUGUUGUGUCAAGAAGCCGGAGCACGAGAGUUGCGCAUGAGGAUCGAUAUGCCGGGGAAGAGCACGCGUCGAGUGACGUGGGCAAUGAAACAGGUGUAUAUCAGGCGGCUCCAUCACCGAGACAUCCAACCUCAGGCCUCCAGGACACGGGACGGUCACCUCACGAGUUUGCACCCAACUGGCCUGGUCAUUACACUGGCCCCGCCAGCGGCUUUCUGCAGGAUGCACAUGGAGGGUUUAGUCGAGGAAUUGCUAGUCAGAAUCCCGGGCGUACUAUUUACUCACAGCAAUCACGUCCAGAAAAUGGAUCGUAUCAGUAG